AUGGAUGAUCGCCAAGAGUCACUGAUUCUUUGGAACCCUGCAAUAAGAAUGUCUCUCACUCUUCCUCGACCUUCCAUUUUUGUAUGGGCCGGCAUUGUCUACCGUGCUUACGGGUUCGAUUUUGACCAUAAAAGUAAUGAUUACAAGGUGUUGAGAAUAGUCUAUGAACCGCACGCACCCUUGGAAUUGUAUGACCUGUAUAAACUCUGCACAGGCACUUGGGAGACGGCUAGGGUUGCUGAUGAUUUUAAACAUACUAUAUAUCCAUAUAAGGAGGCUUUCGUGAAUGGGGCAAUCCACUGGUUUGGAAAUCAUGAAAGAGAUAGGGCAUCUUCCUGUCCUGAACGUGUGGUUGUGUUGUUUCAUAUGUGUGAUGAGGAAUUCCGAGUGAUGAAGUUUCCGGAUCAUCUAAUAAGUAGUUUGAAAGAGAAUUAUGUGGAUAUUUGGGUUUAUGAUGGAUUGCUUUCUUUAAUGGAGCAUAACGAGCUACAAUAUAUUGAGAGUCUUCUGCUUUGA